AUGAUUGAUAGUCUUGUUCCCGAAGAUUUAAAGCCAGUUCCAGCAACUUCAAAAGUUCAUCAAGUUAUGUGGUCCAAGUCUAACAGUAAAACUCAAACCUUGAAUUACGAAGGAAUCGUUGCCGGCAGCAUAAGUACACCCAAAAGCCAUACCUACACCGUUUUUAUAAAAAUCGGUAGCUACAACAUCUGCAGCGGCGCGAUCGUCGGAGACCAAUUCGUUAUCACAGCUGGCCACUGCUUGUACGACGAAAACGAAGGAAGUCUCGUAUCCUCGAGAAUCAAAGUGGUGGCCGGAACGACGGAUGCAAUGGAUCGGGAUGACGUCCACAGAGUCGAAAUCGACGUCGCGAAAAUUUACGUUUACAAGACAUUCAGGGAAGACAGCAUGCAGAUUAGCAGAUUGAUCAACUCGAGCGUCAAGGAUAUUGCUGUGCUGAAGCUGAGGGAACCGUUGGAUAUACAUUGCAACGAGCACGUAAGUAAGCUCCGAUUGCCAGAUGACAGCGACGAGCCAUACCUGGACAAAGAGACACUGGUUGUCAGUGGUUUUGGCUCGGAUGGGUUUAAAAACGAGGAGGACGAAGAGGACGAAGAGUUGAAAUUUGACGGUAGGUUGCGGCACGUGGAAGCUACCAUCGUUGGCAAUCAGAACUGCUCGAGUAUAACAAUAUUCCAGUGGCUGGACAAUUCUCAGGAACACGGGGACAGCGGCGGGCCCUUGGUGAUCAGGAAAGACAUUCUCAUUGGGAUAGUCUCAAGAGGAUCCUCACGAUGCGAUAACCCGACGACGGUGUUCACAAAAAUCGCUAGUCACAAGGAUUUCAUUGAAAAAGUCAUGAACGACCAACUAGACGCAACCAUACGUUGCAAAGUACUGAUGCCCUCCUGA